AUGUCUCUUCCGUUUCUCCUUCGGAGGUCAUUUUCUACAAGUAUCAGAUGUCCCUACAAGGCUAAGCACAUUCCUGAAGACAUCGUCGCCAAAGCCCUCACAACGCAGCCAAGUAGGCGCAGUCGUCCCAAGGAUACUGAGGACAUCAAAUCCAAAGCUGACCCCCAAAGCGCCUCGACUUCGAAAGUUGUUCGCAGACCCAGAGCAGUAAAAGGUAAUAUAUCACUCCCGGUCAACAGGUUAGAUCUACCUCCGCGUUCAGAAUGGCGAAGCUACUUUUCCACUGGCGGCAUGACGUUGAAAAGUCGUAUUUCUAUCGCUAACCCCGAGACGGCGGCACUAGUUGCAGAUUCAUUCGUUCCUAGCGGUUCGAGAGAUAAAGUUAUUAUAGAAGCGUAUCCUGGUCCUGGUGCGUUAACUCGUGCUUUGAUGCAGUUGCCGAAGGAACGAAUCCGAAAAAUCAUUGUACUCGAGGACACAGAACAGUACCUCAACUUUCUGAAUCCGCUACAGGAAGCGGACCCUAGGGUUCAGGUUUUGCCAAUGAACGGCUUUUUGUGGGACACCUAUCAUCAGCUGGACGUCCAAGGCUUCCUUGACGAUGUGGAAACUACUCCAUGGGAUCAGAAAAAUCCAUAUCUGCACUUCAUUUCGCACCUUCCUAUGGAUGUCCUGGGCGAGCAGCUCAUAGCACAACUGUUCCGCUGCGCCCCAGAACAGUCUUGGCUGUUCAAACACGGCCGUAUUCCAAUGAGUUAUCUAAUGCACGACUGGGUGUGGGACCGUAUCACGGCAUCUACUGAGGAUCUAGCUCGGUGCAAGCUGAGCAUCAUUGGACAGGCUAUUUCUGAGUAUAAUCUCUCCAUUGAUCCACAGCUGCUGCUACCAUAUAAUAACCACUUCUACCCUGACGCCACAAACCCUGCAUAUAGCUCCAAGACGGAAAACAGGCGCAGAGGUACACCAUUCGUAGCAGCUACCUUCAGACCAUUACAGCAUCAGAUCAUACAGCCGGGUAUGCUUGAUAAAUGGGAUUAUUGCCUACGGAAACUCUUCGUGCUGAAGUCGACUCCUUUAAAGAACGCCAUUGGUCAUCUAGCACCCGGAUCAGACGUUCUCAAGUCCUACCUCACGAGCGAUGAUGUUCCACUUGAACAGAGGACUGACCUGAAGAAGAUUAUCAGGAAUUUGAAUGUAGAGGACUGGGCUGCUGUCGUUGGUGCCUUCGAUCGGUGGCCGUUUGCACCCGAGGAACUCUUGAUCACGGAUACUUUCAGCAGAGACGACCGUAUAUAG